GAAUCCAAGAUGGCGCUAAAAGAUGUGGUCGGAAAGAGAAUUAUGCAAGAUGUCAUCAGGUCUGUUUAUAAACCGGGUGAAUGGAAGGUACUGGUUGUGGAUCAACUCAGUAUGCGUAUGGUGUCAGCAUGCUGCAAAAUGCACGAAAUAAUGGGUGAAGGAAUUACAAUUGUGGAAGAUAUCUGUAAGCGUCGUGAACCAUUACCAUCAAUGGAAGCUGUGUACCUAUUGACUCCAUCAGAAAAGUCUGUUCGAUUGUUGAUUAGUGACUUUAAAGACUAUCAUAAAAUUAUGUAUAAGAAAGCACAUGUCUUCUUUACUGAAGUUUGUCCUGAUGAGUUGUUCAAUGAAAUAAGUAAAUCACCAGCUGGUAAGGUAAUCAAAACAUUGAAAGAAAUCAAUAUUGCAUUCCUGCCGUAUGAAGAACAGGUGUUCUCACUGGAUAUGCCAGAAUCUUUCAAUACUUUCUACAGUCCACAGUCCAGUCUAAGAAUGGGAGGUCGUAACACUCAAAUGGAAAAAUUAGCUGAACAGUUGGCUACACUGUGUGCAACCCUGGGUGAAUAUCCCUCUAUCAGAUACCGUGGUGAAUGUGAGAAGACUGCUGAACUAGCUCAGAUGGUGCAGAGUAAAUUGGAUGCAUACAAAGCAGAUGAACCAACUAUGGGAGAGGGACCAGAGAAACAUCGUUCACAACUUCUGAUUCUGGAUCGUGGUAUUGAUCCAGUAUCUCCCUUGCUUCAUGAAUUGACUUUCCAAGCUAUGGCCUAUGAUCUACUGCCUAUUGAAAAUGACGUAUACAA